ACAUCAUUUACAGGGCUGGACAGUUAUUUCCCAAAUGGGAGUACAGAAGGAUCGUACCGAGCCAUACCCGGGGACACAGGUCCAUGCACACAACACCGGUCUCCGUUGUUCCGGGUGUGGGCGGAAUCGUUGCGCACAAGUAACAACGGCCGCCUUGACUUGUGUGGGGUAGAGUCUGAAAGUGUCUGCGCGCUCCAAACACAAACCCUCCCCGAGUCUGCUCAGCUGCCACGUUGCUUCAACUUUCUACAUUCCAAACAUGUCUACUAAGGUUGCCGUGGUAACGGGCAGUAACAAGGGGAUUGGUCUAGCCAUCGUCAAGGCGUUGUGCCAGCAGUUUGAGGGUGUGGUCUACGUCACCGCCAGAGACAUUGGACGUGGAAAGGAGACCGUGGAGACCUUGGUGUCGGAAGGACUCAAACCCAUGUUCCACCAGCUGGACAUCAAUGACCUCAGCAGCAUCACGGCGGCAGCAGCGUACUUCAAAGACAAGUACGGAGGUGUAGAUAUUCUGGUCAACAAUGCUGGGAUAGCAUUUAAAGAAGCAGACACAACACCGUUUGCCGUGCAGGCAGAGGUGACGCUCAAGACCAACUUCUUUGCCACCAGAGACAUGCUGACCCACUUCCUCCCACUUGUUAAAACUGGAGGUCGUGUGGUGAACAUCUCCAGCUUUGUCGGCUCCCGUACCUUGAAUCAAUGUAGCCCUGCCCUCCAGGAGCGUUUCCGUAGUGAGGACCUAUCAGAGGAGGAGCUAGUGGGACUGAUGCAGCGAUUCGUUGAGGAGACCAAGAAAGAUGAGCAUAAGAAGGGGGGCUGGCCCAACACUGCGUACGGAGUGUCCAAGACCGGUGUGACUGCACUCUCUUUUAUCCUGGCCCGCAGACUGUCCAGGGAGAGACAUGGAGACAAGAUUUUGCUCAAUGCCUGUUGCCCAGGCUGGGUGCGUACCGAUAUGGCCGGCACCAAAGCCCCCAAGUCACCAGAAGAGGGCGCUGAGACUCCAGUCUACCUUGCUCUGCUCCCCCCUGAUGCCAAUCAGCCCCAUGGGCAGUUUGUGUCCGACAAACAUGUGCAGCCAUGGUGAAAAGGACAAGACACCAGUGUGUUCUUAUAAAAAGUAAACAAUAUUACAUCUCCAACAAUUUGAUUUGAAUAUUAUGGCCUAAGACAAUUAUAGCAACUAAUCUGUUUCCAUAGCCAUCAUCACUUUUGUUUCAAGAAGUAUGGUUUUGUAGAACAUAUGUUUCUUUAGUAUGUCCAACACUAACCUGAACAGAUUUUAAAUCAUGUUUAUGCUUUUAAUAAAAUUUGAAUUUCCUUUU